CUGAAGCUGUGAGUAUAUCUGUUGAUGGCCGGGCCGGCUCUUUCCUCAGCCAGCGAGAAGAACGACGAACUAGUCAUGUUACUGAACCCAAGUCUGGGGAACAUAGUUCCUAAAAUCACUGAUAACCAAUCGACAAAUCAAGCUAUUAAGGCUAAGAGAGUUGUUGUUCUCAAAGGGAUUGAGAAUGACGUGUGCCGGUCCCCCUCACUCAAGGUUGGUCAAACCAACCUGGAAUGGCAGACCUUUGAUGGCUCUCUCCCCAACGGAGCAGUUUCAAUCUACAACGGAUACGCUGGACGCACCGACUAUGUUUGCAAAUACGGGCGUGAGGCCGGCUUCUACAACCCUGACAAGGGUCCUUACUGCCUCUACCCCUAUGCAGAGAAAGAGCUCAGUGGCUCCCCAUUUGAGAUCCUGGUAAACAAAGACAACUUUGAGUUUUUAGAAUGGAAGGAUGGCUCCUACGGUUCAGUGCCUGAGAAUGCAGUCAAGACCUGUCCCGACAGCGAUGUUUAUAUUGGGAGGAACAAGUAUGGUCUUGGGAAGGUGCACGUUAAACACCAGGCCUUCUUCCUUCCAUGGGAAGGUUCUGAGUAUUGGUACAAGUACUACCAGGUCCUGACCUUUAACAAAGAUGUAAUCAGCGAGGACAUAUCUGAUGUCAAGUAUAAGACUGAUGGGGUUAAAGUCAUUAAGGGUUCUCCAGAGACCUUGCACAUAUCUAUCCUCACCAACAAUGGGUGCCAGUCAGUGAAACGGACAACUGCCCUCUCAAAGACAACCCAAAAAGAGACAAGGUGGGACACCAGCUUUUCACUCACAGUGGGCGCUAAGACUACCAUCACUGCUGGAAUCCCAUUACUUGUUGAAGGAAAAAUCGAGCUACACACAGAAGCGACCUUCGGGUUCACCAAGGGGACCACUCAUACAGAGUCGACCACCCACACUGAUUCUGUUGAGGCCGAAAUACCACCAAACCACUCCUGCCGUGUCAGUAUGGUGGGACAUAGGUACGAGGAAGACAUCCCAUAUACCGCACGCCUCAGCCGCACCUACAGAAAUGGGGAGACCUCAUGGACGUCCAUCUCUGGGACCUACAAAAGCGUCCAAAUGGUAGAAGUCCGGGCUGUGGUGGAUCGCUGUGAACCUAUACCUGAUCCCAAGCCCUGUCCCUUAAAAAAAGAGUAAUGGAAGCGGUUUCAUGAGAUACGACACCUGACAUAUUGUUUGUCCAUAACAUUGUAAUAAAAAGC